CACCGCAGCAGCAACGGCCGGGCGAGCCCGACGCACAGCGCGCACAGCUACAUGAUCCGCACGUCGCUGUGGAAGCUGAGCGCCGAGAAGCGCGCCAAGCGCGUGCGCUUCUACCGCAACGGCGACCGCUUCUUCAAGGGCGCCACGUACGCGAUCACGCCCGAGAAGUACCGCACGCUCGAGGUGCUGCUCGCCGACCUCACGCGCACGCUCUGCGACCAGGUGAACCUGCCGCACGGCGUCCGCCAGCUGUUCACGCUAGAGGGCGCCCGCGUCGCGUCGCUCGACGAGCUCGCCGACGGCGGCUGCUACGUGUGCGCGUCGGACGCUCACUUCAAGCGCGGCGUCGACUACGCGAAGAGCGCCCCGCCCUCGUGGGCGGCGACGACGACGCAAAACAAGAGCACGCCGAACCUGAGCGCGGCCGCCGAGCUGUCGCUGCCGCGCGCGGGUGGCGGUGGCGCCCCCGCGGACGACGUGCGCGGCUACGUGCGGCCGAAGCUGGUGACGGUGAUUCGUAACGGGGUGCGGCCGCGCAAGGCCGUGCGCAUCCUGCUCAACAAGAAGACGGCGCACUCGUUCGAGCAGGUGCUGGACGACAUCACGAGCGCGAUCAAGCUCGACACGGGACCCGUCAAGAAGCUGUACACGUUCGACGGACGGCAGGUGAGUGCUCAACAAUAUAUACGC